AUAGGGAGGAGAAAGAAGGUGACGUCCAAGCGAGCAGCAAGCAGCAGCAGGUGAGACUGUGGAGUUACUAUCAGUGAGGCCCUCCGCCAGCGCUCCUCUCCUCGAACCUCGUUGGCGGUUCUUUUCGGUCCCGGCUGUGACAGCAACCGCAGGCGGCAGCGAGAAGCUGGGCCCGGAGCAGCAGCAGCAGCGGUAGCACGGUAGUGGGGGCAGUAGCUUCGAGGACGGCAACUUCUACAGACACGGCGCUGGCCAGGCCAAUCCGCGCUAUCUACAUCAAAAAACUACCGCCGACGCGCCGUGUACACUCAUGGCUUCUCACUCCCGAAGAUCAUCGAGCCGGGCUGUUGCUACCCUGGCCACGAUGCGGCUGCCCCUGCUCGUGUUCCUCCAGCUGGCGCUGGGCCCGUGCAUCGACCCCGCGGGUACAUCCUGCCCCAAGAAAGACGUGCUGCGUCCUUGCAGUUGCUUCAGCUUCCACAACUACGAGCGCGUCGAGUGCAAGGACGUGGACCGGCGGGCGCUCAAGAACGCGCUGACUGCGCUUCGGGGCUCGUUCGUGUUCGAGUUCGAGCUGUCCAAGUACAACCUCAAGGACGUGCCCUCGGACGUGUUCAGCGGCGUGCGCGUUACCGAACUGUACACGUACAUGGCCGACUUCACGAACGUCUGCAACACCAGUAACUUGUUCGACGGCUUCGACGACACCCUGACCAUGAUCGAGAUAAAGCGCGCCAAGGGGCUCGAGCACCUGCACUGGAGCGCCCUGGGACGCUUGAAGAACCUUCAACGGCUGCUCAUCUUCUCGUCGGACUUCCCCAGGCUGGACAAGAGCUUCUCGCUCAUGCCCAAGAGCCUCACGCACGUCAUGGUGCAGGGCGGCAGCCUCGAGCACGUCGAUGAAGGUGCCUUCCUGGGUCUGGAGAUUCGGGAUCUGGAGAUAUCGUUCACCAGGUUGGAGAAGAUCACCAGGAACGUCUUCCCGACGCCGGCAACCAGUCUGAGCGUCCUUUCCCUCAGCUUCCGUGUGUGUGACCUUCACUUCGCUGUCCUCAACCGCAGGCACAACCGAAUCCGCUCGCUGCCGGAGGACAUGUUCAACGACAUGCCCGCCCUGACCCUGUUGGACGUGAGCAACAACUGCCUGCAGACGCUCUCCGAGAGCUCCAUGGCGCCCGUGCUUAGGAACCUGAGGCUACUCGAGAUGAGCAAUAACCAGUACUUCUGCGACUGCAACCUGACGUGGGUGGGCCGGGCGUUCACCAACUCCAACUACCUGGACAGGUUCUGGCAGCGCAACGACAUCACGUGCAAUGCGCCGCCGCACCUGUACGGCACGGACGUCCUAACGCUCACCGACGAGAACCUGGGCUGCGCCAACCUGGUCCCGCUCAGCAUGCACUGAGAGUCCCCAACUGCGCCUGACACUACCAAGGAGCAUCACGCCAGCUAGUCUUUCAUGGAAGACCUCCGCACUGCGGCCAACGCUUACAGCCGCCCGUGUGUAUUUAUAAGUACAACGCCCAGCCGCUGCGACCUCCUGAUUUGAAGAGUGCUUCGGACAUUGUUCAAGACCGGAACACGGCGGAGCGCUCACGUACACAUACUGCACCAGCUCGUGCUCUGUUAACAGUUCUCGUGCACCCUAUUCUACGAAGACGCUUCGCAUCCGACGCUAUUCAGUCAGUGUUGUGGUAGCGAGAAGCUGGUGAACAAUGCAUCGGUGCCAAGAGCAGAUCGCUCACUUGUUCGUAGUUCGCGGUCGUGGAUCUGUGAUAGAUCGGACACUUCCCCAUCGUUGUCGAGCGCAAUGCGCGAUAUCACCGUCGCAUCGAUGUGGUCCAUCUUCCCGCGUCAGCGCUGACCUUUCCAACAUCGUGGACAUGACGAUACAAUUGUGUGUGCCCUAACCCCCCACCCCCCUUGACAUCCCAUCCCCCUCUCUUUUCUUUUUCUCAUUAUCUUUCUCUGAUAGCACCUGACACUCGAUAUAUGCAUAGUGCACCGUGAACUAUCCAAGGAACAUGUUGGCAGACAGGCGUCAGGUUUGUGCCAAUACAUGCGCGAGACGAGGAUCCAGCUGGGCCCGUACUGUCAAUCGGUCACUUUCUGGGAUAAUUUCACUUUGGCGCGAUGUAAAGUCCAGCGCUAAGAUCUCUCGCAAGCUGGAGUGGCGGGCAUACUAUAG